GAGUCUCCAUCUCUGAUACAGCGGACCGCGGGCCGGGCCGGGCGUUCCAAGCUGAGGCUGUGAGCAUGGGGUCGGCAGGCUGGGGGCUGUGCUGCGCCAUCGCCCUGCUCUUCGCUGCUGCGGGAGCUGCAGCAGGAGACAAGUGUGGGAGGAAUGAGUUCCAGUGCCAAGAUGGGAGAUGUAUCUCCUACAAGUGGGUUUGCGACGGAAGCGCCGAGUGCCAGGACGGCUCUGAUGAGUUCCAGGAGACAUGCUUGUCUGUCACCUGCAAGUCUGGGGAAUUCAGCUGUGGGGGACGGGUCAACCGCUGCAUUUCUCAGUUCUGGAGAUGUGAUGGCCAAGUGGACUGCGAGAAUGGCUCCGACGAGCAAGACUGUGCCCCCAAGACAUGCUCGCAGGACGAGUUCCGCUGCCGUGACGGCAAGUGCAUCUCACAGGUGUUUGUCUGUGACUCGGACCGGGACUGCCUGGAUGGCUCAGACGAGGAUGCCUGCCCUGUGACCACCUGCAGCCCUGCCUACUUUCAGUGCAACAUCUCCACCUGCAUCCCUGAGCUGUGGGCCUGCGACGGAGACCCUGACUGCGAGGACCACUCCGACGAGUGGCCGCAGCGCUGUGGGGGCCGCAACACGUCCGCCCCACAAGGGGACAGUGGCCCCUGCUCCGCCCUCGAGUUCCACUGCCUCAGCGGCGAGUGCAUCCACAGCAGCUGGCGCUGCGAUGGUGACCCUGACUGCAGGGACAAGUCGGACGAGGAGGACUGUGCUGUGGCCACGUGCCGGCCUGAUGAGUUCCAGUGCGGGGACGGGACCUGCAUCCAUGGCAGCCGGCAGUGUGACAAGGAGUACGACUGCAAGGACCUAAGCGACGAGCUCGGCUGCAUCAGUGUGACGCUGUGUGAGGGCCCCAACAAGUUCAAGUGCCACAGUGGUGAAUGCAUCACUCUGGACAAAGUGUGCAACUCAGUCAGGGACUGCCGGGACUGGUCGGACGAGCCCCUCAAGGAGUGUGGUACCAACGAGUGUCUGGACAACAAAGGAGGCUGCUCCCACAUCUGCAAUGACCUCAAGAUCGGCUACGAGUGCCUCUGCCCCGAGGGCUUCCGGCUGGUGGACCAGAGAAGAUGUGAAGAUAUUGACGAGUGUCAGGACCCCGACACCUGCAGCCAGAUCUGCAUGAACCUUGAGGGGAGCUACAAGUGCGAGUGUCACAACGGCUUCCAGAUCGAGCCCCACACCAAGGCCUGUAAGGCCAUCGGUACCAUCGCCUACCUCUUCUUCACCAACCGCCAUGAAGUGAGGAAGAUGACACUGGACCGCAGCGAGUACACCAGCGUCAUCCCCAACCUGAAGAAUGUGGUCGCCCUGGAUGCAGAGGUGGCCAGCAACAGAAUCUACUGGUCUGACCUGUCCCAGAGGAAGAUUUACAGCACCCAGAUCGACAGAGCCCACAGCUUCUCCUCCUACGACACUGUCAUCAGCAGGGACCUGCAGGCCCCCGACGGGCUGGCCGUGGACUGGAUCCACGGCCACAUAUACUGGACCGACUCUGUCCUCGGCACCGUCUCGGUGGCUGACACCAAGGGUGUGAAGAGGAAAACGCUAUUCAAGGAGAAAGACUCGAAGCCCCGGGCGAUUGUGGUGGACCCCACUCACGGCUUCAUGUACUGGACGGAUUGGGGAACCCCCGCAAAGAUCAAGAAAGGGGGCCUGAACGGCGUAGACAUCUACUCGCUGGUGACAGAAGACAUCCAGUGGCCCAAUGGCAUCACCCUGGAUCUUUCCAGUGGCCGCCUCUACUGGGUUGACUCCAAACUUCACUCCAUCUCCAGCAUUGAUGUCAACGGGAGGAACCGGAAGACUAUUCUGGAGGACGAGAACAAGCUGGCUCACCCGUUCUCCCUGGCGAUCUUUGAGGAUAAAGUAUUUUGGACAGAUAUCAUCAAUGAAGCCAUUUUCAGUGCCAACCGCCUCACAGGCUCUGAUGUUAAUUUGGUAGCCGGGAAUCUGCUGUCCCCGGAGGACAUAGUCCUGUUCCACAACCUCACGCAGCCGAGAGGAGUGAACUGGUGUGAGAAGACCUCCCUCCACAACGGUGGCUGCCAGUACCUGUGCCUCCCGGCCCCACGGAUCAACCCCCAUUCACCCAAGUUCACCUGUGCCUGCCCAGAUGGCAUGCUGCUGGCCAAAGACAUGAGGAGCUGCCUCACAGAGGCUGAACCUGCAGCGACCACUGAGGGGUCCUCCACAGCUCGAUCCACAGUCAGGCAGACAGUCAGCUCUGUGGCCACGGAGCCAAAGCACACGGCCAGCCCGCCAGCUCCCAGCACCUCCAGGCAGCCCACGGCCAGCCCUGAGUUCACCACGGCAGAGAUGGCUACAAUGUCCCAUCAAGCCCUGGGCAACAUUGCCGGCAGAGGAACCGAGGAGAAGCCCGGGCGUGUGGGGGCGCUGUCCAUCGUCCUCCCCAUCGUGCUGCUUGUCCUCCUCUGCUUUGGGGCCUUCCUCCUCUGGAAGAACUGGCGGCUGAAGAGCAUUAACAGCAUCAACUUCGACAACCCUGUUUAUCAGAAGACCACCGAGGACGAGGUCCACAUCUGCCGCAGCCAGGAUGGCUACACGUACCCCGCGAGACAGAUGGUCAGCCUGGAGGAUGACGUGGCAUGAACAGCUGCCUGCCUGUGUCCUGUUCCACCAAAACUUGCUGCCGCCGUGGGCAGGAGAAAUGCUUUCUCCCCGGAUCCUUGACCACCUGUCCACCUCCCUGUCCAGAACCUUCCUGAGACAUCAACACCCCCCUGUCUCAUUCAAAGAAAGAAGAGACAAAAGCACUGCUGGCGCCCGAAGCCCCCGCCACGGCCUGUCUGCCUAGAGCUUUGUUUUAUAUAUUUAUUCUUCUAGAGGCAGCGCAGGCGUCUAACUGCACCCGAAGCAGGCUCGGGCUGGGAUUUUUAUUUUCUUUCUUUGCGAGUGAGCUGGGAUGGUGCUCAGGCUGUAAGGACAGAUGUCUGGAUUCCUCUCAAAGGAAAUCCUGACCUUCUCUCCGCUGUGACUUACUCCGCGUGUGGAGGACCGACGACAGGGGAAUGCGGGCCGAGAUAAAGCAGGUGGCUUCAGACACAGAACGGGUGCUACCGGCCAGCUGCUGCGUCCCACCCUCUUCCCCCAGCCCCUUAACUCAGGAGUAAAUGCGUUUACCUCUACCUGGCAUGCUGUUGUAGACAACUGCAACUAGCCUUCUGCCUGCCACUCCCAGGUCAGGAUAAACUAGUGUUUUUCAAGCUGAGUCUAUGCCCCCCUUCAAGCUGGGAAGGCAUUGGCACCAAUAUGGUGGUGUAUCCAGUGUGACGGGGGUGGCGCCAGCUGAGACCAAUUCAUUCACCAAAAUGACGACAAUACCCAGAGGGAGAGCCUGAGUCACCAGUCGCCCUUAACUGUGAUGAAGUGCCUGAGUCACCAGGUUUACCUUGUGCUGCCCCAGCCGCUGAGUUAGGGUUGUUUGCACCCACCCCACGGCUGCCCCGCCCCUGCCCCUCCACGCGGAGCCCCGACCGCUUUUCCUCUGUACCUGUGCACUUUUUCAGUUCAGGGCUGUACAUUUUGUAAAUUGGACAUUUUUAUUAUUAUUUUGCACUGUUUUAUGUUGUAUGUGUAGAGCGUGUGGUCUGGAGGCCUUUGAGUGUGAGCGUGAGUGUGAGAGUGAGCUGAUACAUGUGGAGGAGAGGGUCUUGUCGGCCAGGAAUUCAAAGCCAUGGUUGUGGAUACUGGGAACUGCCAUUGUCUUUUUGCGUUCUGUCUGCCAGGCUGGUUAAGAACUUCUCUAGGCUUCCACCUGUCAGAUGCCCCUGAGGAGGACACUGUCCUAGAUGAAUGUGCCUAGAAGGCACAUCUCGUUCAGCCUGUCAGCAGUCCUUGGCGUGGGUCAUUUCAUGGGACUUUUAUUAAACAAGAAGUCCCUCUGAACUAGCUGUGAACCUAGUCAUUGCAUCUGUGACCAGAGAGAUGAUGGCAGCCUCCUCCUUGUUCCUGGGGGAAGGAAGCAUCUGAAGGGAGUGAAGUCUGUCCCCUACGCUAAGACAAAACACUGCACCCCACCCUAUAGGAAACUGUGAAACAGCUUUUCUCUUUCUGAAGCAUGUAAAUAAACUGGUGUACAGAUAGGGGGGCUUUGGGUUAUGUUUGCACUUUGUAUAUUUGCUGAAACAGUUACCACUUAUAUUAAAAAACAAACAAAACUAUUUAUUUUUUGCAAACCCUGGUUGCUGCAUUUGCUCAGUUACUACUGUGGGGGCGCCGCACUGGGUGGGGGGUGAGGGGCUGUCUCUGAGAUGCGUCUUUAGAUACAAAGAUUGUUUGCACCAACUGUGUGCACUGCCUUUCAGAAGAAGGAUGUCCAUGUUGUUUGUACAGGUUGCUUUUGUGGAAUGGGCAUCACUUUUUAAACCACUGUAUAGAAAGUUUUUAUAGCCUGAAUGGCUUACUGUGAUCAAUUAAAUUUCUUAAAUGAACCAUUUGGUUAAACCUGA